GUACGUGCGUACGCCCACAACCCCUCCCCCUCCCCGUUGAAUGCCGGGCAGUCGGGCGGAAGCGGCCGCGACCAUUUUGAAAAAGAGCAGCAGUAUCAGCGCGAAGCACCAUGGACAAGGGCCAAACGGUGAAGCUCUUUGUGGGCAACCUUGCGCUGGACACCACCCAGGAGGAGCUGUCGGCCAUCUUUGAGCCCUACGGUCACGUGGUGAGCUGCAGCGUGCUGCGACAGUUCGCCUUUGUGCACCUGCAGGGCGAGGGCGCCGCCGAGCGCGCCAUCCGCGAGCUCAACGGCCGCGAGUUCCGCGGGCGCAACCUGGUGGUGGAGGAGUCGCGGGGGCGGCCGCUGCACUCCACCAAAGUCUUUGUGGGCAACCUGAGCGGCAUGUGCACCACCGAGGAUCUCCAGCAGCUCUUUCAGACUUUUGGCAAAGUUCUGGAAUGCGACAAGGUCAAAGGCUACGCCUUCGUGCACAUGGAGAACAAGGAGGAUGCGCUUCAGGCCAUCGAGGCGCUUCACGGCACCUCCUUCAAGGGGCGGCCGCUGUCCGUGGAGCUCUCCAAAGUUCAGCCCAGCAAGCAGACGCCCACCGGCAAGAUCCCCUGCGUCAACUGCGGCAAGCAGGGCCACUACGCCGGCGAGUGUCCCGUGGGGAAGCCCACCCUGGAGCAGUACCAGAGCCAGGCGGCGGUGCUGGCCGCCGCCGCGGCCGCCGCCGCCGGCCUGCCUCUGCAGGUGCAGCAGAGCGUGCACAACUCGGUGUACAACACCUCCACCUUUGAUCCCACGUACGCCGCCCUCACCGGCAUCACCACGGGCACGCGCACCGACGGCAACCCCGUCAACCCGGCCGUCUACGGCGCCCUCGCCAGCCAGGUGUACGGCGCCAACGUGGCCAACCAGCUGUACGGCUCGGUGGCCAACCAGGCGGCGCUGACGUCGGGCGCCGCCCAGGUGUACGGCCAGGUGGCCCCCAACCUCUACGGCCAGGUGGCGGCCGGUCCCGCCGCGGCGUCGGCUUACACCGCGCCCGUCUACACG